GCAGACCCCCUUCCCCCCGGCCGCACACCAUGGCUCGCUGGAUCCCCACCAAGAGGCAGAAAUACGGAGUCGCAAUCUACAAUUACAAUGCAUCCCAAGACGUGGAGCUGUCUUUGCAGAUCGGGGACACGGUCCACAUUCUGGAGAUGUACGAAGGUUGGUUCAGAGGAUAUACGCUGAGAAAUAAGGCUAAAAAGGGGAUUUUCCCUGAAACCUACAUCCAUUUGAAGGAGGCGACUGUGGAGGAUCGAGGGCAACACGAGACCGUGAUUCCCAGCGAGGUGCCUCUGGUGCAUGAGCUCACCUCUACCCUCCGAGAAUGGGCGGUCAUCUGGCACAAGCUCUACGUGAACAACAAGGUGACCCUUUUCCGCCAGCUGCAGCAAAUGACCUACAGCCUGAUUGAGUGGAGGUCGCAGAUCCUGUCGGGGACCCUCCCCAAGGAUGAGCUGGCUGAGCUUAAGAAGAAGGUCACGGCCAAGAUUGAUCAUGGCAACAGAAUGCUGGGACUCGACCUCGUGGUUCGAGAUGAGAAUGGAAACAUUUUGGAUCCCGAUGAGACCAGCACCAUUGCCCUGUUCAGAGCCCAUGAAGUGGCCUCCCAGCGGAUUGAAGAAAGGAUCCAAGAAGAAAAGUCCAUCCUCCAGAAUCUGGAUUUGCGAGGCCAGUCAAUCUUCAACACGAUGCACACCUACUGCCUCUAUGUCAACUUCAAGAACUUUGUCUGCAACAUUGGGGAGGACGCUGAGCUGCUUAUGGCCCUCUAUGACCCAGAUCAGUCCAGAUUUAUCAGUGAGAACUAUCUGAUUCGCUGGGGCAGCAAUGGGAUGCCUAAGGAGAUCGAGAAGCUCAAUAAUCUUCAGGCUGUCUUUACUGAUCUCAGCAGCACCGACCUUAUCCGGCCCAAGAUCAGCCUCGUGUGCCAGAUCGUCCGGGUGGGCCACAUGGAGCUGAAGGAGGGAAAGAAGCACACCUGUGGCCUCCGCAGGCCUUUUGGGGUGGCAGUGAUGGAUAUUACCGAUAUCAUACACGGGAAGGUUGACGAUGAAGAAAAACAACAUUUCAUUCCCUUUCAGCAGAUUGCUAUGGAAACCUACAUCCGACAGAGACAACUUAUCAUGUCACCGCUGAUAACCUCCCAUGUGAUUGGGGAGAAUGAGCCCCUCACAUCGGUCCUAAAUAAAGUGAUUGCAGCCAAGGAAGUGAAUCAUAAAGGACAAGGUCUUUGGGUUUCUUUGAAGCUGCUCCCUGGUGACCUCACACAAGUGCAGAAAGAUUUCUCACACUUGGUUGACAGGAGCACAGCCAUAGCUCGAAAAAUGGGUUUCCCUGAAAUCAUCCUUCCAGGGGAUGUUCGGAAUGACAUCUAUGUCACUCUGAUCCACGGUGAGUUUGACAAAGGGAAAAAGAAGACACCGAAGAAUGUCGAGGUGACCGUUUCCGUGUAUGAUGAGGAUGGCACGUUGCUUGAGAAAGCUAUUCAUCCAGGUGCUGGCUAUGAAGGGAUUUCAGAAUACAAGUCUGUUGUCUACUACCAAGUCAAGCAGCCCUGCUGGUAUGAAACAGUGAAGGUAUCUAUCGCCAUUGAAGAGGUCACCCGUUGUCAUCUCAGAUUUACUUUCCGGCACAGGUCGUCACAGGAAUCCAGAGAUAAAUCUGAAAGAGCUUUUGGGGUGGCCUUUGUGAAGCUGAUGAACCCAGAUGGAACCACACUGCAGGAUGGAAGGCAUAAUCUGGUAGUAUAUAAGGGGGAUAAUAAGAAAAUGGAAGAUGCUAAAUCCUACCUGACACUGCCCAGCACAAAGAUAGAGAUGGAGGACAAGGAUUUCUCCCCAAGCAAAAAUACGCACUUGUCCACCUUCACCGCAACCAAGGAUAGCACCAAAGACAGCUUCCAAAUCGCCACCCUGAUUUGCUCCACAAAACUGACCCAGAAUGUUGACCUCUUGGGGUUGUUAAAUUGGCGUUCCAACUCCCAGAACAUAAAACACAAUUUAAAGAAGCUAAUGGAGGUGGACGGGGGAGAGAUUGUAAAGUUCCUACAAGAUACUCUUGAUGCACUUUUUAACAUAAUGAUGGAAAUGUCCGACAAUGAAACCUAUGAUUUCCUUGUAUUUGAUGCACUGGUAUUUAUUAUCUCGCUGAUAGGAGACAUAAAGUUCCAGCAUUUUAAUCCUGUACUUGAAACCUACAUUUACAAACACUUCAGUGCUACCUUGGCAUAUGUGAAACUCACUAAAGUGCUGAACCAUUAUGUGGGGAACGCUGAAGACUCCAGCAAGACAGAUUUGCUUUUCGCAGCCCUGAAAGCCUUGAAGUACCUCUUCAGAUUCAUCGUCCAGUCUCGCGUGCUGUACCUGAGAUUUUAUGGUCAAAGUGAAGACGGGGAUGAAUUUAACAAUGCAAUUCGCCGUCUAUUUCUCUCCUUUAAUAAUCUAAUGGACAGACCCCUGGAAGAAGCUGUUAAGAUCAAGGGUGCGGCUCUGAAGUACCUUCCUAAUAUAAUUAAUGAUGUCAAGAUGGUGUUUGAUCCUGUUGAACUCAGCGUCCUCUUCAGCAAAUUCAUCCAAAGCAUCCCUGAUAACCAGCUUGUCCGACAGAAGCUGAACUGCAUGACCAAGAUAGUGGAGAGUCACCUUUUCCACCAGACAGAGUGCAGAGACGCCCUGCUGCCCCUGCUCAUUGACCAGCUCAGCGGCCAGCUCGAUGACAACUGCAGCAAGCCUGAUUUGGAGGCCAGCUCCCAGCUGCUCCGAAACAUCCUGGAGGUGCUGGACAGGAAGGAUGUGGGCCCUACCUCGAUGCACAUCCAGCUGAUCAUGGAGCGCCUGUUGAGAAGGAUCAAUCGGACAGUGAUUGGGAUGAGCCGGCAAUCUCCCCACAUAGGCAGCUUUGUGGCUUGCAUGACUGCCAUCCUCCGGCAGAUGGAAGAUUUCCAUUAUAACCACUAUAUCAACACUUUCAAGACCAGGCAGGAUAUCAUUGACUUCUUGAUGGAAACCUUUAUCAUGUUCAAGGAUCUCAUUGGGAAAAAUGUGUAUCCCCCGGACUGGAUGGUCAUGAAUAUGAUGCAAAACAGGGUUUUUCUGCGAUCUAUAAACCUCUUUGCUGAAGUUCUCACAAAGCUCUUCAUGGACCAGGCAAGCUUUGAACUCCAGCUUUGGAACAAUUAUUUCCACUUGGCUGUUGCCUUCCUCACCCACGAAUCCCUUCAGCUGGAAACCUUCUCUCAAGCCAAGCGCUCCAAAAUGAUCAAGAAAUAUGGGGAUAUGCGAAAGGAAAUCGGCUUUAGAAUCCGGGAUAUGUGGUAUAACUUGGGGCCCCACAAGAUCAAGUUCAUUCCCUCCAUGGUGGGUCCCAUCUUGGAGGUGACCUUGACCCCGGAGACCGAGCUCCGGAAGGCCACAAUCCCCAUCUUCUUCGACAUGAUGCAGUGUGAGUUCAAUUUCAGUGGAAAUCACAACUUCCAGAUGUUUGAGAACGAACUGAUCACAAAGUUGGACCAGGAGGUGGAAGGAGGCCGGGGUGACGAACAGUACAAAGUCCUGCUGGAGAAGCUGCUCCUGGAACACUGCCGGAAACACAAGUACCUCGCCAGCUCCGGGGAAGUCUUUGCCCUCCUGGUCAGCAGCCUCUUGGAGAACCUGCUGGAUUACAGGACCAUCAUGCACGAUGAAAGCAAAGAGAAUCGCAUGAGCUGCACGGUCAACGUGCUGAAUUUUUAUAAGGAAAAGAAGAGAGAGGACAUUUACAUAAGGUAUCUGUACAAGCUUCGAGACUUGCACCGGGACUGUGAGAACUACACCGAGGCUGCAAACACCCUCCUGCUGCAUGCAGAGCUCCUCCAGUGGUCAGACAAGCCCUGUGUGCCCCAUUUGCUCCAGAGGGACAGCUACCAUGUUUAUUCCCAGCAAGAGCUCAAAGAGAAGCUGUACCAAGAGAUCAUCUCCUACUUCGAUAAGGGCAAAAUGUGGGAGAAAGCCAUCAAACUCAGCAAGGAGCUGGCCGAGACCUACGAGAGCAAAGUGUUUGACUACGAGGGGCUUGGCAACCUCCUGAAAAAACGAGCCUCGUUUUAUGAGAAUAUCAUGAAAGCCAUGAGACCCCAGCCAGAGUACUUUGCCGUCGGUUACUACGGACAAGGUUUCCCAUCAUUUCUUCGGAACAAAAUCUUCAUCUACCGAGGAAAAGAGUAUGAGCGGAGGGAAGACUUUAACCUGAAGUUGCUGACUCAGUUUCCCAAUGCAGAGAAAAUGACCAGCACAACUCCUCCAGGAGAGGACAUCAGAUCAUCUCCCAAACAGCACAUGCAGUGCUUCACAGUGAAGCCCGUGAUGAACCUACCUCCAAAUUAUAAGGACAAACCUGUGCCGGAGCAGAUCUUGAACUACUACAGGGCCAACGAGGUUCAGCAGUUCCAGCACUCCCGGCCCUUUCGGAAAGGAGAAAAGGAUCCCGACAACGAGUUUGCAACCAUGUGGAUCGAGAGAACCACCUACACCACCGCCUACACCUUUCCUGGGAUUCUCAAGUGGUUCGAGGCCAAACAGAUCACCACGGAAGAAAUCAGCCCCUUGGAAAACGCCAUUGAGACCAUGGAGCUCACCAAUGAGAAGAUCAGUAAUAGUGUCCAACAGCAUGCGUGGGACCGCUCGCUCUCCGUACACCCCCUCUCCAUGCUACUCAAUGGCAUUGUAGACCCUGCUGUCAUGGGUGGAUAUUCCAACUAUGAAAAGGCCUUUUUCACGGAGAAGUACCAGCAGGAGCACCCAGAGGACCAGGAGAAGAUCGAGCUGCUCAAACGCCUCAUUGCCUUACAGAUGCCCCUACUUGGAGAGGGGAUCCGAAUUCACGGAGAGAAGCUGACCGAGCAGCUGAAGCCUUUGCACGACCGACUGACCACCUGUUUCCGGGAACUCAGGGAGAAGGUGGAGAAACUCUAUGGAGUCAUCACUCUGCCUCCCACCUUGACAGAGAGGAAGCAGAGCAGGACGGGCUCUGUGGUGCUGCCGUACAUCAUGUCUUCCACCCUCCGAAGACUGUCUGUCACGUCAGUGGCUUCCUCGGUGAUUUCCACCUCUUCCACGUCCUCGGACAGCACUCCUUCCAGACCAGGAUCGGAUGGAUCCAUCCUGGAGCCCCUCCUGGAGCGGCGGGCUUCGUCGGGGGCCAAGGUGGAGGACCUGUCCCUCAGAGAAGACGGCGACAACAGGAUCGGCAAGUUCAAGCGGAAAGACUGGAAUAUUAGCAAAUCCCAGGUCAUCGCGGAGCGAGAGCCGGAAGCUGACCUGCUGAGUCCUACUAGCAAAGUCCAAAGGCCCAAGAGUCUCCAGUUGGUGGACAGCCGGCUGACGUUGUUCCAAGGCUCGCCCCUGCCCUCGGCCGUACCCCUGAGCCCACCCCCGCUGACCCCGAAAACACCCAGGACCCAAAGCUCUCCAACGUUGCAGGUUGAUGGACUGAUGUCUUCCGGUUCAAAGACAUUACCCCCUCCUCCCCCUCCGAAGAGCAAGCCCUACGAGAGCAGCAGCCAGAGGAACUCAACAGAGGUUGCACCCCCGCUUCCCAUCCGUCGAGAAGCCAAGGCUCCGCCACCUCCGCCUCCCAAGACCCGUAAGUCGGGAGUCCUCUCCAUGGAACCAGGCUCUCAGUGAAGACCCUGCUCCUCCUCGGUACCUGUCUAGUAUUGCGGGAGCUGCCCACAUGGACAGUCCAUCUCAAGACCAGCUCCAAAAGGCAAUGGCGCCCUUGUCCUUGUUUUCCAACCCUUCUGAUCUGGGAUGACGUUGAACUGGACUGAGUCUUUCCAGAGCUUCCCCACAGCCAUGUUCCAAGGCUAUCUCAUACCUUCUUUACUCACUUGCAGAAUUCCAAAAUUUAUUACAGCCUCGACAUGAUCUUUAAACAUCUACCUUCAUCCAUAGCCAUUUGGACUCCAAAGAGUCUCUGGCCAACUAGUUAUCUGAGUGAUCUUUGAGUCCUUUCCCUGUCCACGAAAGGCAUUAUUUGCUUUGUUUCUGAAAAGCAAUGCUGGAGUUUGGAUUCCCUUCCUCGCAUGGACAUACCCUCUCCCAUGUACUUAAAUACGGGCCAUUUUUGGUAGCUAAAGUAAUAAUAAUUCACUCGUAUCUUUGAUGGGCUCUUGGAGAAAAGGGCGUAUGUCCUAAGGCUGGACGCACCACCUUUUGGUGAUGAUGUAAAAGACUGUCUGGUCAGGGAGGACUGCACCAGAGGGCUGCCUUGGUACCUCCCGAAUCCCAUAAUUCCAUGAGUUUAUGGGCAGUUACAAGGAGCCAUGUUGAUCAUGGCUGUGAAUUGGAAUGAAAAAAUGAGUGGGAUUCCCUCACUCCAAUAACCGGAAGAACGCAAAAGACUCUUAAAUAGUUGAGAAUUAAUUAAAUUCUGUUUCUUUCAAGAACUAAAAGCAAAGAAUUUCUCCCAGGUGGAUCAUCUCAGGAUGAUCUGGUCACAUCGUGGGUCUCUUCUGUUCUCCUGAGAGUCUGCAUCCCUUGUCUGGCUCGUGGUCCUCAGUCCAGGGGGUUCUGUCGAGUCAACAAACAUCUAUUAAACACUUCCUGUAUGCCAGGCAAGGUGCCAAAUACUAGAAAUAUAAAUACAAUUAGGAAGGCCAUCUGUGCUCUCAAGAAACCUAUGUUCUAAUGGGGGAAGAUAGCACUUAACAAUGUAAGGGGAGAGGAAAGAGGGCUUGUGGAGGAGAAAAUCUAGAGUCGGAAGUGGAGCCUGGAGAGACAAGUUCCUUCCUUAGAGUCCCCAUUUUAUUGUAACUGCUUCUGCUUUCUCACCUGUUCCAUAACUGCACAGCCCCUUUAUAGUACCUCUGAGCUGGUGUGAAGUAAAUGACUCUAGAGUCAUGAGUGUGAAUGUCAUGAA